GUUGGGUGGGUUGUGUCCAGGGAGCCCAACGGGGGGGGGAAGGAAACUUUUUUCAUUUUUUUUCCCUCUUGUUCCUCUCCGGAGCAGCUUGACCACUGGAUACUUUUCGGGGAUAGACAUGAAGAAAAAGUACAACCAGAGAUGUUUCAUGGUCCUGUCUUUACUGGGGAUCUUAUCGGCCGUCAUGGCAGUGUUGUCGGUGGUUUUAAUCUUCCAGCUGCAGUCUCAGCAGAAGGCCGUGAAGGAGUCGCCCACGGCGGAGGUCCUCCCGGCCGCGGUGUGGGCCGUGCUGCUGCCGGUGUCGGCGGUGCUGGCCGCGCUGGCCCUCACCCUGCACCUCAGCUCGGUGGUGGUGUGUCUGCUGCACAGCUACGUCUCCGCGGAGCUCUGCAGGGCAGAGCAGGACACCGACAGAGCAGACUGGUUCCUGUUGGACUGCACAGGUAUACGACAUGUGGCUGUUGGACUCUUCUGUCUGGGGGUGUCUGUGUACUUGAUAGCUAUGUCCAUCUUCAUGCUCCUGAUAUUUGAGAUGGAGACAGGUGUUGCCAGCGCCUGCGUUCUCUCCUCUGGGGUCCUGAUCCUGCUGGCGGCUGUGGUGCAUUCUCUGUUCAAAGCUUCCCGCGCCGCUAGGCAUUAUCACGGCGACCACAUCAACACCCUCUACCAGAACGACCAUGGAAGCAACAGCAUGCCCCUCUCUCGGCCCUGCGAGCUAAGGGUCGGCGCAGACAAACCACGUAUUCACCGCAGCCAGUCUCACGUCCAGCAUCCAGUCACCUACCCUCUCACUCCGAGGAGAGAACAGUACCAGCCUCAGCAGUACUCCCCUGUUGAAGGCUCUCAGGUUCUCUCUAGUGAUAAAGAUGCUUACGGCAGCAAUGGAAGUUUUCCUCGCAUGCACAGGACCCUGUCUACUGAAUCCGGUUUACUGCAGGCCCAGAUUAAACCCUGGAAUGGCGUCAACAAUGAGAUGAGGAGUGUUCUUGCACGCAAGUCGGGGAUUUCUGCAAAAGACUCUACCCUUGUUUGACUUCAAACUGUUUUCCUGGUCAAAGGAAAGAAUGAUUAGUAGAAUGACAAUUGAUAUCCUCAAAAGUACUCCACCAGAGUUCGACAAGUGAAAUCUAACCGCAGAGAUAGAACUGUUAGCUUGUACAUUUUCCACCUAAGUUUAUCAUGACUGCAGACAACAGGGGACUAUGGUCUAAAACACCCAAGUUUUCACAGCUUCAGAUUAUGCAGUACUGAUAACUUGAUGGAAAACAAUUUCAGUAUUUUUUACAAAUGAACAUGAUUUAAAUCUUAUCACAUAAAUGCCAAUGCCAUCCAAGUAUCAAUCUGGCACAUUUAUAGCUUUCAUUAAUGUAAAUACUUCUUGGCUGUAUAUAAUAGCUUUAUGCCAUGUAUGGAUGAAUGAUGUACUGAAUGUUUUCUUAUGUGUUCAAAAUGAUUUCACAUUGACCUUAAAUAAAUUCUUAAAAAAAACAACAACACCCAAACACAAGUCAGUUUAAAAAUAAUCAAGUUUACCAUAUGAUUUUUGAACUAUUUACAGAAAAUGCUGUUUUUAAAAAGGUCUGCCAAAUGCACUUUUCACUCAUUUCUCAUGAAUUCUGACUUUCUCAUGUCAGAGCAACUACUAACCUUGAGCACCUCUGACCACAGCUCAUGAGGAAAUGGAUGGGGCUUGUGGAGUUGAGACAAGGGCGCUGGGAGAUGAGGUCACGUCAUGUAAGCUGCAUGCAGGUGUCAAUGGGGAAAAAAUAAAAACAAACAAUGAAAGGACGGGAAAAAGUAAGGAAGUAAUGAGGGUCUCAUUUUUUAUGAAGAUUUUAGUAGAAGCCAAAGAUACAAUGUCACUGCAGCUAAUAGGGAGAGUAAAUGUAUCCCAAAACAAUGGCUGAUACAAGUUCAUUUUGGUGAAGGAUAAAAUAAAAUGGACAAUGAGAUGCAAUAAACAAAAACACGGAGGAACUCAGGAGGCCAAAAGUUCAAGGACAUGCAGGUAUGUGGAAAAAUAAAGAACAUCUACUCUGGCAAGGAUUUUGUGUUUCAGCACAAUUAAUAACUCAUCUGCUCCCUUGCAAUCUUAAAAUUAAACCUCAAAUGAACAAUGAGAGAUGAAUCACAUGAAAUAGCAUGUCAUUAUUUACCCAAAUCAAUGCUUAAUCAGGUUAAAUGCUCAAACAUAUGCUAAAUUCAUUACAGAAUAAUUAAAAGGUAACUCAACAAGGUUGGCUUUUGUGGGAGGGUUGCCAGAUAAAAAAAAUUUAAAAAGGUGAGUCUUGAGCCUGCUUUUAAAAGCAUCAACAGUCUCUGCGGCCCUGAGGUUCUCCUGCAGGCUGUUCCACAGACGUGGGCCGUAGUAAUGAAAUGAUGCCUCACCGUGGGUUAUAGUUCUAACUUUGGGAAUGAUUAAAAGGCUGGUGCUGGAGGACCUCAGGGUCCGUCACGGUUUAUAGGGUAAAAGCAGAUCAGACAGAUAAGAAGGCCCGAGACCGUUACAGAGAUUUUAAAAACUACGGUAGAUAAGAGAACCUUAAAAUCAGUGUUAAGAGUCAAAUGUGAGGCCAUCAGACCCAUAGGGUAAAUUAAAUCAUGUGACAGGAACUUAGGAGAGCUUUGGGUAAACAAAUACCUGCAAAAUAAAGUGAACUGAAGCUAUGUUGUUUGGAGGGGUGGAAUUCCUCCACAGCAAUAUAUUGAUAUGCCACCUCUACUAAAGGUAGGUCUACACGCUUUUUAAUUCAUGGAUGGUGCUUCAUUUUUCAUGCAGUACUUCUAUAUUUUGAUGUAGGUGUUUGUUAAAUAGUCACAAAAUGUCACGUUUCAUCUGUUGUUGCUGUUGCUGUGGAUGUAUUUACCAAUUUCCCCCCCAAAAUGUGUAUAUGUUCAUGUGAAGCCACAGAAGAAUGUGUACUUUCUAUUCAUAACUGUAUGGGUGAGUGAUCCAGUUGAUAAAAUUAAAUCCCACAGUUUCUUGCUUUCUGGGUAGCGAUAGCCCCUUAGUCUGAAUGGUUUGUGAAAAUAAA